AUUAUCCAUCGAUAAAUACAGUCCCUUCAUUCAUCAUCAACAAGACUCGUAAGUCAAAAGUCAAAAUCAAUUACAAUUUCUCUUUGACUCACCUGCUAUCACUUGGUAUCAUAACUUGAACCUAUAAACAGAGUGUGUAUCUAUCUUCAUGUUAGGUAAAAGAAAAGCGCCCUACCACCUCUAGAAAUGGAGCUAAGUUUUAGUAUGAUCAACACAGUGCUAUGUGUUGUUGGAGUGAUAGUGAUGAUAUACGGGUGGAGAUUUUUCAACUGGAUCUGGUUGAAGCCGAAAAAGAUGGACAAGUUCCUUAGAAAACAAGGUUUGAACGGAACUCCCUACAAAUUUCUAUACGGAGACAUAAAAGAGAUGGUGCAGAUGACCGCUGUUGCCAAAUCGAAACCCAUAAAUCUCAACGAUGAUAUCGUCCCACGUGUCAUGCCAUUUCUGUACAACUCCGCGAAGACUUAUGGUAAAGGAAAGAAUUUCUUUACAUGGAUGGGUCCACGACCUUUGGUCCACGUCACAGAACCGGCACUAAUACAAGAGAUUUUGGCCAAUUAUUCUCAGUUUUUAAAGAAAAGAGGAGGAAAUCCAUUAAGAAAUAUUCUAGCAAGAGGGCUAGCAAAUGUUGAGGCUGAUCAAUGGGCAAAACAUAGAAAGAUAAUCAAUCCUGCUUUCCAUGUCGAAAAGCUCAAGCAUAUGUUACCUGCUUUUUACGUUAGCUGUAGUGAGAUGAUCAACAAAUUGGAAGAAUUAACAAAAGAAAGAUCGAGUGAAGUUGAUGUUUACCCCCAUCUCCAAACAUUUACUAGUGAUGUAAUAUCACGUACAGCAUUUGGUAGCAGCUAUCAGGAAGGAAGAAAAAUAUUUGAACUUCAAAAAGAACAAGCAGUGUUAGUUAUUAAGGCUACACAAUCAGUGUAUAUUCCAGGAUCAAGAUUUUUGCCUACAAAGAGCAAUAGAAGGAUGAUAGAGAUUGACCGAGAAAUAAAGGGAUCAAUAAAGAACAUUAUUAGUAAACGAGUGGUAGCAAUGAAAGCUGGGGAAAGUAGUAGCGAUGAUUUAUUGGGCAUAUUAUUGGAUUCGAACUACAAAGAGAUCAAACAACAAGGGGAUAAAAAUUUUGGGUUGAGUAUUGAUGAAGUCAUCGAAGAGUGCAAACUCUUUUAUUUUGCAGGACAAGAAACUACUGCAAACUUGCUUAUUUGGACAAUGAUUUUGUUAGGUCAACAUACAAAUUGGCAAGAUCGUGCUAGAGAUGAAGUUUUAAAGGUGCUUGGAGAAAGAAAACCAGAUUUUGAUGGAUUAAGUCACCUAAAAAUUCCUGAGAGAUUUGCAGAAGGUGUGUCAAAGGCAACAAAUGAACAAGCAUCAUACUUCCCUUUUGGAGGGGGUCCACGUAUAUGUAUCGGGCAAAACUUUGCUAUGUUGGAAGCAAAAUUGGCACUUGUUAUGAUUUUAAGAAGCUUCUCGUUCGAGCUUUCCUCAUCAUAUGUGCAUGCUCCACAUACUAUCAUCACUUUGCAACCUCAGUUUGGUGCUCAACUGACUUUGCACAAACUUUAG